UCCUUUUUAUACAAACAUGUUUAUUAUCAUAGGACGGAUUUGCGACUGCGUGAGCUGCUCUGAAAAAACAAACGGGCUUUUCAUUUGAGUGUAACGGUAUCAAAGACUCUGUGGUGUUAUCAACCUGCUGCCACAUAUCAAAUGAAAUCAACAGGUCAUGAUUUUUACCUUCACUUAAAUGAAUUCCAUAUCUCCAGGAUGACUCAUGUUGUACCUCUUGUGUUUGCAUUUUGCUUGGGAGCGGUGGUACCUGCUUUGAGCUACCCGGAGACAGCUUUCGCUGCGCCGGUUCAGCCCUGUCUUGCGCCCUUGCAAUGGGAGGGCAGAUCCGUCGAAUACAACCACAACACAGGACGAAACACACGGGCCUCGGUGUCGUAUGAUGCACAGAACCACAGAAUAAGGCUUCUUCAACAGAAUAAAAGACAUACACCAUGCCAGAAAUACUUUGAGUUUAUCUACCUGUACAACAGUGGCCUGCUGUUCCAGAUAGAGCAGAAGACGAAGCAAUGUUCUAAGAUCCCCUUGACCCAGGCCUGGGACCCCUUUGACAUCCCUAUGAACUCCACCUAUGAGGACCAGUACUUUAUCGGUGGACCUGGAGACAUGAUCGAGGUGCAGGAGUGGUCAGAUAGGAAACCAGCCCGCAAAAAUGAGGCGUGGGUGGGCGUCUACACAGUGAAGGACUGCUACCCUGUCCAGGAGACCUACACCAGGAACAGCAGCAUCACUACCUCUACCCGCUUCUUUGACCUCCAGCUGGGCAUCAGCGACCCAGAAGUCUUCACACCGCCCAGCAGCUGCCAGUCAGCCCGCCCAGAGAGGAUGGACUCCGACUGCUGAGGCCUUCACCUUUCCCCUUUGACCCCAUGCUCAUUGACCCCAUGCUCUGUUUUCACAUUUCCCCCACUUUUUUAAUUUUUAAAUGUAACCUUUAUUUAACUAGGCAAGUCAGUUAAGAACUAAUUCUUAUUAGUGUCGGUUUAGGUGUAGGUCCAACUGUCCCGGCAUCCCGGUUAGAGGAUGUAGAAUGACCAGCAGGAGACAGGGAGACAAGGCACACUUUAUUACCAAACACACACACACAUGGCAAACUGGAAGAGGAGACUGUUAGUAGUGUAAUAAGUGUUGUAGUGGUUGUCUACAAGAGAAGAGCAUGUAUUACAUAAUGGCAUUACAGGCUAAUGAAUAUGUAAUAGCAAUGAGGAUGACACGUACUAUAAUGGUCAGGUAUUAGCAUAAGCUUAUGUGGUACACAGUAGGAUACAAUAGUACACUAUGGACAGAGCUACUAGCAUGUAUUAGCAGCUAGGCUAACAGUAUGGCUUACAAAGAGAAGUUUGUAGGAGCCAACUAAUGUAGCACACAUUAUGACAGUAUAUACAGGUGGGCUAGCAUAGCAUAGUAUACACAAGAUACAAUUAGUGGCUAGCAUAUGUAAAAUAUACAAGAAAAGCUAGCAUGCUAGGCUAGCAGGCCACAGGCUGUAGGUAGUAAGUAGCACACAAUAUAUACAGUGGAGGCUAGUAAGCUUCAGGUUAUAGGUACAGCAUACAGAACUAUGUACAGUAGGGAUGAGUUUGCAUUAGGGUUAGCAGCUAGGAGUUAGCAUGCUAUUUGGUAGAGGCUACGAUUCGUAUGAGGAAUUGACCGGAUGUUACCGGUCGGCCAUUUUAGGUGAGCAACUCGAAGAUGUAACUGGUAGCCAUCUUGGGUUCCAUAACAACAAUGAAGGGAUUACUCCUCUUGGCCUGCAUACUGUACUGUAGCCAGAACUAUGCCAAGCCGAUAGAUAACAUGUAUAAGCAUAUACUAACAUAAUAAUAUCAGCCUAUAACAUGUAAGCAGAUGUUUUGUAGUGAUUUCUAUGUUGAAAAUUUAAAGAAUAUUUGCUUGUCUAUGGUGUGUAAUGGGAAGCAACCAGAUGCUGAAUUUGACAUAUUUAUUAAUUUGCUUGUUCCAGUUCCUAAUAAGCACGCAUCCAUUAAGAAAAUGACUGUAAAAACUGUCGAAUCUCUGUGGAUUGAUGAGGAAUUGAAAAAUGUUAUGGUUGAGAGGGAUGAGGCAAAAAGAUUGACCAAUAUGUCCGGCUGCACAGCCGAUUCGCAAACAUACUGUACAUUAAGAAAUCAUGUGACUAAACAAAAUAAGAAUCUGUACUUUGAAACAAAGAUAAAUAAUAUAAAGAAUGAAAAUAAAAAGCUUUGGAGUACCUUAAAUGAAAUUUGGGGCAAAAAGGCAACCUUGGCUCCAUCAUUCAUUGAAUCAGAUGGCUCACUCAUCACAAAAUCCACUGAUAUUGCCAAGUACUUUAAUGAUUUGUUCAUUGACAAGGAUAGCAAACUUAGGCAUGACAUGCCAACAUCAAAUUCUGAACCUACACAUCCAUUUAUAACUGACCAAAUUAUGAAAGACAAGCGUUGUAAUUUUGAAUUCAAUAACUUGAAGUGUGGAAGAGGUGAAACAAUUAUUGUUGUCUAUCAACAAUGACAAGCCACCGGUGUCUGACAACUUGGAUGGAAAAUUACUUAAGGGUGAUAGUGGACGAUAUUACCACUCCUAUUUGCCAUCUCUUCAAACUAACCCUAAAGGAAAGUGUGUGCCCUCAGGUCUGGAAGAAAGCAAAAGUCAUUCCCCUACCCAAGAAUAGCAAAGCACCCUUUACUGGUUCAAACAUCAGCCUGUUACCAACCCUUAGUAAAGUUUUGGAAAAAAUGGUGUUUGACCAGAUACAAUGCUAUUUCACCGUAAAAAUAAUAAUUGGUCUCUUCACAGUCCCCAAAUCCAGAACAGAUUAUGGGAGGUGUACAGUACUACAUAGAGCCAUCACUACAUGGAACUUCCACAUCAAAUUACUCAUGCAAGCAGUACAAUUUAGAUUAAAAAUACACCUUAUGGAACAGCGGGAAUGUGAAGACACACAGGCACAGACACAUGGAUACACUCACAUGAUAACAUACGCACACUAUACACACAUGUACACGCGUGCAUUUCAUGUCGUAGAUAUGUGCUGGUGAAGUCGUGGACUGAGGGCACACACAUAAUGUGUUGUGAAAUGAAUUGUAAUG